AUGAAAUCUACAUGGAAAUUGAGGACUGAAUGGGACCAGAUUGUUCCCGAAAAGAUCCAAAAUACAUGGAACCAGUUCAAAAUCGGAUUGCAAGAUUUGAAAUUACUCAAAAUUCCGCGGUCUCAAACAGGCCAUGCAAGUAAAAAACAAAAUAUCACGUAUUUAAUUGGAUUUAGCGACGCCUCUGAAGAGGCAUACUCGGCUGUGGUAUAUCUUGUAUCGUAUGAUGCUCAUGGAUAUGGAUUGUCGUAUUUAAUAGCAUCUAAGACGAGAGUUGCGCCCCUGCAGAAGCAAUCCCUACCGAGAUUAGAACUCUGUGGAGCUCUACUUCUGUCAGAAUUUAUGCCACAAAUCGCAAAGGCACUAAAAAUUCACUUCAAAAGCAUGAUAGCUUAUACAGAUUCUACGUUAGUGCUACGUUGGAUAAGGUCGGAGCCAUACAAGUAUCAUACAUUUGUAGCUAAUCGCAUCUCAAAAAUUCAAGAAAAUUUACCAGCAGAAUAUUGGGGAUUUGUUCGUGGUGUAGAAAAUCCCGCAGACUGUGCCUCUCGUGGAAUUACUGUCAAAGAACUGAUAAAUCAUCAAUUGUGGUGGAAUGGACCUAACUGGCUAGUGGAAAGCAUUCCUAAACCAGAAGUUCCAGAAGAGUUUCAUCAGGUAUCCGAUCCAAAGGAAGAAAAACGUGAAAAUAUUGUGUGUCAGAUGACAGCUAUCAAAACUAAACAAGGCCAAGUGAGUGAAAAAAUAUUAUCAUGUGGAAUAUCGACUACUGAAUUGGAUGGUGCUUUAAAAAAGUGGAUAAGUAUCGCGCAACAGCAAGAAUUCACUCAAGAAAUCCUGCAGUUACAAAAUAAGGAGAAGUUAUCUACAAAAAGCAGACUGUUACCAUUAAAUCCAUUUCUGGAUAAGGACCAUAUUCUUCGCGUAGGCGGAAGGCUUAAACACGCUGAGAUGCCUACAGAUCAAAAAUAUCCAAUUCUUCUCCCACAAUAUCACAGGGUAACAUACCUCAUCAUUGAAAAUGCUCAUUUAUCAAACUUGCAUGGUGCACCUCAAGUGCUGUUAUCUUUUUUACAACAAAAAUAUUGGAUUGUUCGUGGAAAAGAUGUUAUUAGAAAAGUAAUUCGGAAGUGUAUCAUGUGUACAAGGCUAAGGGCAGAAACCUUACAGCAGAUUAUGGCAAAUCUGCCAGCCUUUAGAGUAAACCCCUCAAAAGCGUUUAAACAUACUGGUUUAGACUACGCGGGUCCAUAUCUAAUCAGACCAAUCUCGCCAAGAAGUAAAAUUACUUUAAAGGCCUAUCUAUGUAUAUUUAUAUGUUGCACGACCCGAGCCAUUCAUCUUGAAGUAGUUAGUGAUGCCACUACCCAGGCAUUUUUAGCAGCAUUAAGAAGGUUUGUGGCAAGGAGGGGAAAGCCUGCAGAUAUUUACAGCGACAAUGGAACAAAUUUCGUGGGUGCUGAGAAACAGCUGAAAGAGUUCAUCAAAUUGUCAAAAUCAAACGAACAUAAUCAAAAGGUAUUCAAUACAUUGUCAGAGGAAGGAAUUACUUGGCACUUUAAUCCUCCAGCGGCUCCUCAUUUUGGAGGUCUAUGGGAGAGUGGAGUCAAGUCUACUAAGUUCCAUUUAAAAAGAAUUAUGGGACUGCAGAGGUUAACGUUCGAAGAAUUAAGCACGCUUACGUGUCAGAUUGAAGCAGUGUUAAAUUCAAGACCGCUUACACCAGAAUCAACAGACCCUACAGAUUUACGAGCAUUGACCUCAGGUCAUUUUCUUAUAGGACAAGCCUUGACCUCAGUACCAGAUUCAGAUUUAAGUGAAGUACCAGUUUCAAGAUUGAUCCGAUGGCAAUUAAUACAAAAUAUGCUACAACAAUUUUGGAAACGCUGGUCCGCAGAAUAUCUUACAAGAAUGCAAGCUCGUCAAAAAUGGCUAGUCCCGGUCCCUUCAAUUAAAUUAGGAUCUCUCGUAAUUAUUAAAGAUGAUAAUACACCGCCGUUGAAAUGGAGUCUUGGUCGGAUAAUUAAAUUACAUCCUGGAGAGGAUCAACAGAUUCGUACAGUGACAGUUAAGACAGCCAGUGGAGAACUAAAAAGACCAAUUGUAAAAAUUUGUUUGCUACCAGUUGACACGACAAACACAAAAGAAGAAAAUUCUGAAAGAAUCUCAACAGAAGAAACUGAUGCAUCACCCUCUGUAUAA